CAACAAUAUUUUUAUACAAUACCGCUAUCAUUGAUGACUUUUUCUAUGUUUUAACAAUUUGUAUCAAACUUAAAAUUAUGUACCCAAACUUUGUUUUGAUCGCCAAAAAUACUAAACUUCCAUAUAUGACUUGUCUUCUGCGUCUUGACCUUCGCUAAUCAUGGAGAAAGCGAUCAUGGAAAAGAGCAAAGUUGUCAAGACAGACCAACCAGCAGCAAACAUGAUGGGGCGCCUUCCUCAGGAGAUCAUCCUUCGGAUAUUAUCCAGGCUUCCUAUAACAUCUUUGGUGCAAUCAAAGUUAGUUUGCCGAGCCUGGCGAAGCUUAAUACGAGAUCCCCUUCUUGUUAGUCAGCAUUUCUCACAGAUGGCUGAUAAUGAUCCAAGCUUCAUCUUACAAAGCCUUAGGCGUGCCCCGUAUGAUCAGCUUUACUUUACAGAUUUCUCUGAUUUUAGCGAAGGAAAGGUGAUCUCAAUGAAACCAGACAAUUCCUCUAUGCUUAUGUCUUUGGAGGAUUCAUGCAAUGGCUUGCUAUGCAUGCGUGAUUCGCGAGGCAUAUACAUAUGCAACCCCUUUACCAGGCUUUCGAUAGAGCUCCCAAAAUUCAUUAACUAUCCACCAGAGUUGGGACACUUGGAAUUUGGUUUCAAUCCAACCAAAAAAGAAUACAAGGUUAUCCAAAUAUUAUAUCGACCACAAUUGGAAAAAAGAGACCGUCCUUAUGUUAAUGAAUCUACUUUGGUACAAUCUGAGGUUCAUGUUCUAACUAUUGGCAGCCCUGUUUGGAGAAAUCUAGGAAUGAUAUCUUACCAUUUUAUUAGGCAGACAUCAAAGUUUAUGGUCAAGGGGAGACUUCAUUGGCUUUGUAGGCCUAAAAAGAACACCUGGGCUACCUUACUCAUAUCUUUUGAUCUCGAAACUGAGCAAUUCCAGGAGGUACCUAAACCUAAUUGCUGCGAUUUAGUAAAGUGUUUUCAACAUCUGAUGGUUCUACGAGGUUGUCUCUGCGUGGGUUCUUCUCAUAAUAAUAAAGAACUGGAGGUUUGGGUUAUGAAGGAAUAUGGUAUGAAGGAGUCUUGGGUCAAAGAAUUCAAUAUUGGGUUUUACGUGCCCCAGACAUUGCAGCAAAAGGCUUUCCGACGCUUGAGUUAUCCAUGGGUUGGUUUCCGUAAUUUGUUUGUUCAAGUUGUAUGCAUUUUGAAAAGUGGUCAGAUCAUAUUAGAGUAUAGAAGCCAAACACUUGUUCUAUAUGAUCCACAACAUGGAACAUUCAAGGAGCUUACAUUUCCAGGAAUACCGGAUUGGUUCAAAAUAGUUGUUCACAUCGGCAGCCUUAAUUGUAUUGAUACUCCUAUUAAUUUUUAA